GUCCAGUUCGGGCAACCCACACUAUCUCCUCUUCCUAUCCUAUGGCCGUCGCAAACGUCACCGUCGCAGUAGCCGAAGUCGAGGCCGACGACGCUGCCGCCUCGUUGCCUCAGACCCUGGCCAACUCGUGGCUCCGCCUCAACGUGGGCGGGCAGAUCAUCACCACGUCGCGGACAACGCUGACCAUGGACGGCGAGUCGGUGCUGGCGAGGAUGUUUGCACCGGACACUGAGGAACGAUUUGAACAUGCUCGUGACGAGUCGGGCGCCAUUCUCAUCGACCGCGAUCCGCGCUACUUUCUCCCGCUGCUCAACUAUCUCCGCACAAGCACUGUCAUCAUCGAUCCCGGCACCGCGCGAGAGGGCGUGUACGAGGAGGCCGUGUUCUUUGGUGUCACCUCACUCGCGACUGCUCUGCAUCCGUCCGCCCGCGCUGAUCUCACCCGCAAGGACAUCAUCCUUCGCAGCGCCCCUUCCUACAAGGGCGUCUCCAUCCGCGGCCUCGAUCUUUCUGGCCUCGAUCUGACCGAUGUCGACUUUUCUGGCGUCGAUGCCCGCAGCGCCUGCUUUGACGACGCACAUCUUGCCCCGACAUUCUUUCGCAACGCCGAGCUCGGUGGCUGCUCGUUCCGCACCGCGAAGCUGGAGCAGGCCUCGCUCGCCGAGGCUGUCGCCAAUGAGGUGGACUUUACCGGUGCCACGAUCAAGCGGGCUUACUUUCUGAGCGCCUCACUGCAGCACGCACUGUUUGAUGAAGCCGAUGUGAGUGGAUGCAACUUUCAAAAGGCGAUUCUCCGCGGCGCCUCGUUCUCCGGCGCCUCCUUGGUCGAAUGCCGACUCCAGCGGUGCGAUCUGCGCGACAUUGACUUUACCACCACCACUCUCACUGGCUCUUCCUUCUCGUGCGCCGACAUCCGCGGCGCCUCGUUUGAUUGGGUCACCGUGGCACAAACCGCUAACGUCGAGUCGUCAUUCCACUCGCUCUUUGACCGAGCUCGGGUGACUAGCGACCAGCUGGCGGCCAUGCCGCUGAGUGACGAGGACAAAGCCGGACUCAACUUUCUUGUCGUCGCCGACAACGAGCAGUACCGGCCAGUCAUCCCGACCGACGGCCAGUGAGCUGGCAUUACAUCAGUUUACAAAGAGCGAUCUGGCGCGGCUCACAGCGUCCGCAGCCGAGCCUUGAGCUCGCGAAGCACAAACCGGACGUCAUGGUUCAUCAUGGCACCCGCUUCGAGAAUGUCAUCGACAACAAGGCCGUCAACCGCCGGCGAGACCGAGAGGCUCGCUAGCUUGCGUGAGGUCUCGUCAAAGAACAGCGUGACAACCGGCCGGAACGACGGCGUGAUCUCCAUCUCCACCUCGAGGCUGUGCUCGCCAAUGGCUAGCAGUGCCAGGCCGGUCACCAACUGGAGCUUCUCGAGCGCG